AUGAGAUAUUCAAUCCGAAGAGGGUUCUUGGUCGCACUAGUGGCUUUGGCCAUGGUUUGUAUGAUGGUGAUGUAUUUACGAUACGAUUACGCUAUGGGCGCUGUACGAGGUAUUCCCCAGCAUACUAGGUUUGAAGAGAGUGACAGUUUGCUCAGUAAACAUGUUCAUGUGUCCAACUACAAGUAUGGCGACUACGACCGAUUGGCUGCGAAAUUUAACAUGGAACAGUUCAAGCAGCUUCCGCAAGAGGAAAGAUGUGUCAAAUUUUUCCGUGAUUUGCUAGAGAACGACCCGGAUUGGGAACUCCGGCCGUUUGAUAAAAACGUCGAUUUGUUUGAAAGACGUAUAUUGGACAAGCAGCGAUAUUUUCGGGAACUGAUCCGAGACCUUCGCGAUGAUAACGACGACAGAAAGAAGCUAGAUGUGCCGGGUUCGACAUACGAAAAUGCCACAGUCGAACGGAAUUUCCAGCAAGCAAUUAAGAAGACGAUGGAAACUGAACAGAAAAUGGCAGAUUUCAUUGCAACCACGAGAAUAUACCAAAAGUGUUUUGUGGAAGAAUGGGUACCACCAUCGACAGAAACAGAAUUAUACGACAAAAUGACAAACAAGGUUCUUCCUUUUCUAACCAACACGCUUCCCGAGUUUACUUUUAACAACUCCACCAUCACCAAUGGGUUUCCUUUGGCAGAUAAUUUUGACGUUUACCAUGAGUAUAAAGGCUCAAACUUGGUGGAGUUUAUCAAGACAAAAAGUAACGGAAAGGGCAUAGUUUUGAGUGCAUCGUCCAAACACGGCAGAGACAUAGUCAAAUUGAUCCGUCUUCUUCGUGCGCUAGACAAUACCUUGCCUAUUCAAAUUAUUCAUCGAGACGACUUCAGCAAACGGAACCGAGAAUUCGUUGAAUUUGCAGCCACAGCCGAUAAAAAGGAACUCCUUGAACCGCCCGGAACUUACAGCUGGAAGAAAGUGUGGCCCGAAAUAGACUUGUUGGCCAAUGGUACAGCCUACGGAAUCAAUUAUACUCCGCAAAACGUCACCUUUGUGAAUAUCAAACCAGCUAUCAAGUCAGAAUUCCGCACCAAGUUCCCCGGGUUUGCAAACAAGCUCCUUGCACUCUUUUUCACCUCUUUCAAAGAGGUUGUUUUGCUAGACGCAGACGCUAUUCCGUUGGUUCGUCCAAAUCACUUCUUCCUUUCGCAGGAGUACAGAGAGACAGGUACCUAUUUUUUCAAAGAUAGAACAUUGAGAGACACCAACGAGUACAUCGAAACCAAUUUUUUUGCGAAAUUGUUUCCUUCUGCUAAUGAAAAGACUUUGGAGGAUAUCUUUGGCAUCCUGCUGGCCACAUAUGUCAGUCUUGGAAACACCUACAUGGCCGGCUACAGACACUACCAAGAAGCAGGUGUAGUCGCAAUCGACAAAGUUGCCCAUCUUUCGGGAGUAAUGAUGAUGUUUCCUUUAUCGCUCUGGAAAGAACCCGUUGGCAGUGCCGUGUGGGGAGAAAAGGAAAUGUACUGGCUUGGGCUUUCGAUGGCCGGAGACGAAAACUACAGAUUCAAUUACUAUCCCGCGGCAAGCGUGGGCCAGCUCACAACCGCUAAACAAUAUAGCUACUAUCCAGAUGCUGAGAGCAACGAGGUAUGUUCUACACAUCCAGGACAUAUCGACAAAUAUGGAAACGUCUUGUGGAUGAAUUCUGGUUUUUCAUUUUGCAAAAAAAAUAGCCAGCUGCGAGACAAGCAGCAUUUUCCGCUAUCGGAAAUGAAUCAGAUGGAAGUUUUGGGGCCCCUCUACGCCGAGCCACUAGUUGUUACCCAUGCCAUCAUACCGCCAACCGAGCCUGAAUUACGAGGCAUCCACAAUUCCUACGACAAGUCCAGACAGAUGAAAAAAAUGGACGGAUGGAAAUUGCAAAAAGAGAUUGACGAAGUUGAUCGACUGAAACAACCCUUUUUCAAGGACAGAAAUCCGCUGAAGGGUUGGAUGAAAAACCCAAUUUGUAGUGGCUACUACUACUGUGCAUACGAUAAGAUUACCACUUUCGACAAGACGACGGAUAACGGCGUGUUGGUGAAGAUAGACAACACUUUGGUCGAGUAUUACAGAUAUUUGGGCAAGGCAUGGCUAUCCGGCUCGUCACGAUUACGAAACUAA